AUGGCUAUUCAUAUUCCAAGGCAGAUGGCGGCUUUGAGCUCGAGUGUCCCGUCCGGGGAGGCAGCUCUGGAGCAGAUGAUCCCCAAGAUCGACUACUCCAAGAUCAAGUGGGACCAGGUGCAAAAGAGAUGUCUAGAAAAGAACCGAGAGCGGUUUGGGUUGGACAAGGAUGCUGUCAACAAACCAGGUGGCGCGCUGUCGAGGCUGUGGUCCCAGGCCGAGAAGAUCGCCGGCAAGAAGACUGUAGCCCGAAACGCCCUUGUCCUGCGCGCGUGGACCGGCAUCGAGUGGUCGCCUAUGCGCAUCAUCACCACCAGGUCCCUCAUCAACGAGCUGUCCCUCAAGACGGGCGGGCAGUACGAUAUCCACAUCCUGCUGCACAUCACCGACGACUCGAUCAACAUCUCGAACCCGGAAACGGCGCGCAAGAUGGUCGAGGAGAACAUCCCCGAGGAGUUCUGGGACAUCACCACCCCCUGGUCCGUCCCCGCAAUGGCCGAGUACUACCCUGGCUUCACCGAGGACAUGACCAUCGAGAACGACAGCGGGAAGCCGCUGUACAGUGUAUACCGCAUCCCACACUUUGCGCUGCAGUGGUUCGCCCAGCACCACCCCGAGUACGAGUUCUUCUGGAACUGGGAGCUGGACCUGCGCUACACCGGCAACUACUUUGAGUUCUUUGACGCGGCAGCCAAGUGGUCCGACAAGCAGCCGCGCAAGUACCUGUGGGAGCGCAACGAGCGGUACUGGAUCCCCGGGCUGCACGGGAGCUGGGAGGACUUUGUCAAGCACGUCGAGGAGGAGACCAAGGCCAGCAACUUCCCCAGCCCCUGGGGCCCCAUCUUCAACGACGGCGUCGUGGACACAUCCACCUUCCCUCCCCACCCGAUGGACAAGGACAACUACGAGUGGGGCGUGGGCGAGCCGGCCGACCUCAUCACCCUCAACCCGCUCUUCGACCCCGAGAAGAACGCGUGGUGUCUGCGCUACGACAUCACCGGCUACAACCAGUCGGUCCCGCCGCGCCGCACGUCCAUCAUCACCAUCGGUCGCUUCUCGCGCCGGCUGCUGCAGGCCAUGCACGAGGAAGCCUCUCGCAACAAGCACACCAUGUUCCCCGAGAUGUUCCCGGGGUCCAUCACGCUGCACCACGGCCUCAAGGGCGUGUACAUACCACACCCCGUCUACUUCGACCGGCGCUGGCCACUGGACAGGCUCGACUCGGUGUUCAACAAGGCCGAGACACCAGAGACGAGCGUGUACUACUUCCCCUUCACCCCGGGCACGGGCGAGGCCAACUUCCUGACGGCGAGCUACUACUACAACACCGAGUUCGGCCCGCCACUGUGGCACCGGUGGCUGGGCCGGGAGUCCGGUGGCGCGGGUGGCCCCGAAUCCGAGAAGGAGUCGGGGCGCAUGUGUCUGAGAGGCGCGCUGAUCCACCCCGUGAAGCAGGACCUGGCCGCGGACAAGGCCAUCGGGGCAACGUAA